AGAGAAAUUAUUCGACGCAUAUGCUUCCACUCUUUCACAUCCGAGUUGUUUUUUUCCCCAAUAGGUCGUCAUUUUGGCAAAUCGUGGUCAAAUGUCCAUUUGCUUCCUGGAUACGGCGGUUUCUCCGUGUUUUAUCGCCACCCGCUGAGCUCUGAGGGAGCAGUGAGGAAAACAAACAGGUCGAACGGAGGGAGAUAGGUAGCCGGUUGAGUGUGGAGGUUGUUUUAGCGGCGAAUGAAUCGUUAUUGUGUUGCGGGCUGUGGACGGGUGCUAAUUCAAAGUUUUCCCUUCAGUUCUCGGUGCUUUUGAGUGCGGUGCGUUCACGGACGCGGUUAGGAGUCGUCGCCUUCCGAGUAUGUUGCAGCUUUCUAACAUUUUGCCAAGACUGUUGAAGCGCGUAGUCCACUCGCUUCGGUUUUGCGUUUCCCUCGACGUUGUUUAUCGGCUAUAAUUCGACGUUAAAUGCUAUAAUUCCACGCUGAAUUCAGACAGACACUCUUUUAGACAUGCAUACGAGACGUCUGGUGAAGCGGUCGAUCCUAGGCAGCCGCGUUUAUGCGCCUAGUCCGACCGGGGACGGUGCCCCGGUGACAGGAGUGGUCCAGGCUGUCAAGCAGGAAAACAGAGACGUGUCGGCCGCGGGGACCAAGCGCAGCGUCUACAUGGUGCUCAUGCAGGACGGAAGCCUCAAGGAGUUCUCCGAGGAGGAGAUAGCCGCCGGGUUCAACCACACUACAGCUAAAGGACCGCUUAAAUCCAGCCUGAAGCAGAGCUAUAGUAACGGAGCUCCGGAGGGACACAAAGUGGAGGGCGGCUCACUCAGCCCGGAGGCAGUGGAGGAGCAGCGGCUGGCAGACAGCAAGCGCGUUGGCCGGGACCCCGACACUCGAUCAGUGUCCCUGCUAGAGCAGAAACGCAAAGUGGUCUCAUCUAGCAUCGAUGUGCCUCAUGCCAGACGGUCGGAGGACGAAGUGGACAUGGACAAGGUGACAGCCGCCAUGGUGCUGACCAGUCUUUCCACCAGCCCACUGGUCAGGAGUCCGCCUGUCAAAGUCAGCGAGGGACUCAGUGGUUCAUGGAAAGAUAAUGGCUCUGCAGGACCUUUUACCCCGUCCAGCAACAGCUCCUCGGGGGGUUACUGGAGCUGGUCUGCCCCGAGUGACCAGUCCAACCCCUCCACACCUUCCCCACCGCUUUCAGCCGACAGCUUUAAGCCCUUUCGCGUACCCAGCAUAGGCGGCGUGGGGCCCGGUCCCGCGGGGCCUGAAGACCCCAGCCUGGACGACCAGGACGGCAGCAGCCUGCUCUUCGAUGAGCCCAUCCCUCGCAAGCGGAAGAACUCCAUGAAGGUGAUGUUCAAGUGCCUGUGGAAGAACUGUGGCAAGGUGCUGAGUACUGCUGCGGGCAUCCAGAGACACAUCCGCACCAUCCACCUGGGGCGUAGCUGUGACUCCGAGUGCAGCGACGGCGAGGAAGACUUCUACUACACGGAGAUCAAGCUCAACACGGACUCGGUGGCCGACGGGCUCAGCAGCCUGUCCCCCGUGUCUCCCUCCGUCCUCUCCCCUCCCCCUCUCCCUCUCCCCUCCCCUCUCCCUCCUCUCACUCAGCCGUCGGACUCCCACAGGCCGCCGCAGCCGUCCGACGCCAAGGAGCCUCACGCCGGCGGCACCACCCCGCUCAGCCGCUCUGCGCCCAGCGCUCUCUACCUCAUCCACGCGGACCACGCCUACCAGGCGACAGCUCCAGUGUCCAUCCCGUCCAGCAGCAGUAACUCGGCGAGCUCAGGCUCCACCGGCUUCACUCCCACCAACAGCGCCAGCUUCAGCAUCUCCUGGCAGUCGCCGCCCGUCACUUUCACCGGGAACACGGUGUCUUCCAGUAAAAGCCAGGGAUUUGGUGAACAGCGCUCGCAGACCAUCGCCGUCCUCUCGUCCCCUCCCAGAGCCACCAUCGCUCUCAGUCGGAAGGUGCGCGGCGAGGGGAAGAAGUGUCGCAAGGUGUACGGGAUGGAGAACCGCGACAUGUGGUGCACCGCCUGCCGCUGGAAAAAGGCCUGCCAGAGAUUCACCGACUGAGUGAACGCUCGCCCAACACAGCGGCGCGCGCACGCCACGCCAACGGGCUUUGCUGCCUUCCUCCACAGAGACGGGGGAGAGAGCCGUCCCUUUGCAUGCAUGUUUGGUUUUCUUUAGCUCUAAAAUCCCAACUGUCCACCAAGCUCUGGCUCCGCCCCUUUGCUCAGCCCCACCUAUCCAUUCCAGCUUUGGAAGCUACCACAGGAUUGCCAUCCUUGAUUCCAAGUACUGUCGCCAUUUCCAUCAUUCCCACUUUUUUGGGAGAAAAACCCAGUGCAGCUAAACAAUGUAAAGAAAAGAAAUGUUGAGUUCAGUGUUGCAUCUUUCUAUGUUUUGUAAAGUUUUAAAAUGGGAAGUCUAGUCAAAGAAGGGGUCCAGAAAA